CUCGUAUAAUUGAUAGUUAACCAUAAUUUGAUAGAUAAAAGAAAUGCCCCGAAGCCAAAUGAAAAACUUAUUGUGUGUAAAGGCUUCUUUCCUGUUAAUCACCAUUUUCUCUCUCUCUCUCUUUCGGCUGCAAGAUUAAGAUUGUAACAAAAACCUUAAUGAAAAACGGAACUAAAAUGGACAUGACGUUAAGUUUAAUUGUCAAUAAUUCGUGAUCAUUCGACCCUGGGUCUAAGCAGUCAUGUUUCUUGGAAAAAAUAAACGAUUUACGAUCGUGCAGUAAAUGAUUAAAUAUAUAUUUUUAAAUGUAUUUUUUCGAAUUAUUUUCUUAAAAAUUCAAAGAUUUAUAUAAGAGGAAUAUGUAAUAAUUUCACAUUUAAACAUAAUUUAAAAAAAAAACAACGCAAUUAAUAUUUAAUUAACGAAAGUCCGUCCGGCGCGCGAAAGGUUAAUUAAUGUGUGAACUAUCGUUUGCGCAAUUGAGCUGCGCAUUGGGCAGUAGUACACAGUCGACGUCAUCGGGCCUUCCGUUGUGUGAUAUCCAUUAUUCUAAUUUAUGAUGUCUGGUUGUGUUGCUGUCUAACGAACAGGUACGUGAAGUAUUUUUAAAAUUAAAACUAAAAAAAUAUACGUAUAUUAUUAAAUAAUAGUGUAGACAAAACUAGAUCAAUAAGACAUGCCGGUUAAAGUUGCCUGGAAUUGUUGGCAACGCCAUAUGUAAUCGAUUCUCCGUUAUCUUUUCACUGUUCUCGGUUCCUAGCCUUUCAUUUAACCUGGAAAUAACACCAAAAAAUUUACUCCGAUCAUUUUAAACUGCUAAGCGAUGUUUCGAUUUUUAUCUGUUAGAUGGCUUUUUGUUUUAAUUUAAUAUUAGAAACGGAAAAUAUUACCCCGUAACGUUACUUAAUUGGAAAUGAAUUUUUUAAAGUUAUCGACAAGGUCGGGUCCACAUAUACGUGUUUUUUAUUGAGUCUAUGCGAGAACACUAUAGCCUAUUGUGCUAUCCCCUUUAAUCCCGUAUUGCGUUUCUUCUUACACACCGUGUACUGUACGUAAUGUUCUAGAAAAAUACAUUUACGUAAUAUUUAAAUAUACAUAUCAAUGAAAUAACUCGUAUUUAAUGCACUUUUGAAGGACGGUUGUUUCCUGUGUUUUAAUAGCGUAAAUUUUUUCUAUACCCUGUAAUAAUUUUGUUUAUAUAUUAUUAUUUUUUUUAGGUGAAAAAUGGCGAAAUGAUGAAAGUUACUACCUUUAGAAGCAAGUUCUAUUUUAGAUAUUUGGUCGUUUUUUUAACCAUCGGUUCUAUUUUAUAUUUGCUUUUAUAUUCGUCAGAAAAGGUGAAUGUUCCUUUCCAUUCUUCAGAAGAAACUGUGAAUAAAAAUUAUACUAUUUUGAUAUGGGAACAUGGAAAGAGGAUGCUGAGGAGAUUUUUCUAUUCUUACGGGAAGACUGAGCUCGAUCCUUUCUUAAAUUGCUCUGUGAGAAACUGUGAAGUGACAAUUCAUCACGAAGACUUGAGCAGGAGUGAUGCUGUUAUGUUUCACUUGCAUCAAACAAAAGGACCCCAUACUUUACCUAAAUUGCGAUUACCUAAUCAAAUAUGGAUAUUUUUUACGGAUGAAUCUCCAUUGCACACCUUUCUUCUUACUCGAAAGUAUUCGAUGAAGGAUUAUAACGGGUAUUUUAACUGGAGCAUGACUUAUCGUGAAGAUUCGGAUGUUCCUGCUCCUUACGGAAGGACGAUUAGGUUAACGGAUGAAGAACGUCGAAACUUACCGCCGUUGCCAAAUUUUUUCAAGCAGAACCACCGCUUGGUGUCAAUUUUGGGGAGUAAUUGUGGAGGUCAAAAUCGUAGGUGGCAUUACGUCCGCGAGUUAAAAAAAUACUUGCAGGUAGAUGUGUACGGAGGAUGCGGAAAUUUGAAGUGCCCUGGACAUUUUACGAAAGAUUGUGAACCGAUGAAAAAUUAUAAAUUUUAUCUAGCAUUCGAAAAUUCAGACUGCAGGGAAUACAUUACGGAAAAACUCUGGUGGAAUGCUUAUCACAAGAAUGCUGUACCUGUGGUUAUGGGUGCACCCAAAGAGGACUACGUGAAAUUGUGCCCGCCGAAUUCUUUUCUGCACGUAGACGAUUUUGCUUCUCCACUAGAAUUAUCCAAAACUUUACUAUAUCUGUCUUCUAAUGAAACUGCUUAUAAUAAAUUAUUUGAAUGGAAAAAAGAAUAUCGCGUUUCAAACGAACACGGUUACUUAGGUUCUCCAUCUUUGCAUGUUUGUAGAAUGUGCGAAACUUUAAACAAUCCUAAAAAAAUUCCUAAAGUUUAUAAUAAACUAGAAGACUUUUGGAAUCCUACAAAAGAUUGCCGUCCACCAAAUUGGCAAAUUUGAAAUGUGGAUAUUCGUUGCCACAGCUUCCCUUGAAAGGGUAGUCUACACCCUAUUUUGUAAUGCAGUUAUCUCUUUUUCGUAACUGUUUAAUAGAAAUUAAUAUUAAAUUAUCACGAAGUAAUUUAGAAUAUUUUUUAUAUUUUAAUAUAUUAAAUUUUUAAUCAUGAUCGCUUCACUUAUAAUUUAAUUUCCAUCUUUACUAAUAUAACAAGCAAUUAAUGAAAAUAUUAUUUUAUGAUUUUAAUUCUGAAAAAUGUAUAUUAAAUUCUAUGAAUAGUUAUAUAACUUUUAAUGAAUAAUUAAAUAAACAUAAAAAAAUUCUUUAAAUUUUGUAAUAAUGAACAGUUCUAGGAUUACUGUAACUGGAACUGAUUUUAAUUUAUUAAUAUUUUCAAACUUUAAACUUUUGUAUAGUCAAUUGGAAUUUCUUAGAUGUUUUAAUAUUGUUGAAUUCAGUUUUUUAGUGGGAAUGUCAUUAAAAUACAUAAAAAAGAAACAAAUCUUUGUAUUCUGAAGUUGUUCCAGGAAGUAAGAUUAAACUUUUGCAAAAAACAAAAAAAUAUAUAAGAUUUUAAAAAAGUGUUCAUGCACGAAAGUCUGUUAGACUAAAGUAUAAUUUUUGUAACGAAAAAAACCUUUUUUUGAAUUAUAAUAAAGAAAAAUUUUGGAGAAAAACUAUAAUUUUAUCAAUUAAUGAUAAGGGAAUGAUUAGGAAGACAUUUCACACGUCAUCAAUAGAAUUGGAAAUGUCCUUUUGUUCAUUUCUCGCUCGAAUAGUCAAAUAAUGCGGAAGCGGACUAAACGACAAAAGGAAGACGAUGAGGUGACUUCAUAAAACAAAGACCUCAUGGGAAAAAUGUCAAUAAAUUUCUAAAAUGUUCCUCAACCUAUAGUUUUAGCCGAGACCCUUUCGGUUGUGUGGGGUUGAUGAAUUUGAAAAUUAAAGCAAACAAGAAAGUCUAAAUACUAGUUUGUUGUUAUAAAAGGCCAUCUCGGAAGCGAUGCAAACAAGUUUUUAUGAGGGACUGAGUCACUCCCCCUUCUAAUCUAGGUACUUCGGGACAAGAACUCUUCACAACGAAAACAUCCGCCGAAAAGGUAAGAUUUCCAAAUCAUCUCAGGUUUAAAUACUUAGAUCAUGUCCACAUUCUGUCGCAGCAAAAGACAAAAUUUGGCUCUUGUGCAUUUUUUUAAAGAUGCACUCGCCAAGUUUUCGUAACUUUUGACUCUUCUGAAAAUUUCUGUGAACAAAUAUUUUAUCUUUCCCCCGGAUAUAGGAAUGAGGAAGAAGAGAUGCCCCACUGACCGACAAUGACCCGCUUAUCGUGUCCAUUAACCGUCAUAUUGACAAUAUUUAUGUAUGACACAAUUCGUAUUAUCUUAUUCUCAUUCUAACUUCUUUAAUUGCUUCGUUAAAGGUUGCAAAUUUCCAUCGGCUUCACCAUACGUUUAGAUCCGUUACUCUGUUAAACGUAUUUUACUCUGCUAGAUGGCAGCAACAGUCGUCUUAUUAUUCAGUUUCGUUGUAUGCGUUCUAGGUAAAGGUCCAGAAAGUUCGUGCGCUUUAGAAGAUCGAAUUUAUCGGCAUGGAGAAUCUGUAAAAACUCAAUCACCAUGCGAUAAUUGCUUCUGUUUCAAGGGUUCCAUCAUUUGUUGGAGCACCGAUUGCCCCACGCAUCCUGAUAAAAUUCAAUGUAGGCCCGUUUAUUUGAAAGGCGUGUGCUGUCCUAUUUACGAAUGUCCGAUAUCUUCCAUUGGAAAAAAUUCCUCGUCUGAAGAGAAACCCGCAACUUCUGACCAAACUCGAGAUUCUACUGAUACACCUUCUUGUAAGUAUUAAAUAUAAAGAAAGGGGGAAAUUAUUUAUAAAAUCUUUUUCAUUUUUUCUUUAAUAUUUUUUGUAUCAACUCAUUUUGGUACUUGUCCGCUGAUGAGAUCAGCUGUGACGUAUAUGUCGCUUCCCCGCGUCUUGGCUUCGAGUGCAGAUUAUAAACUUAUAAUUCAUACGAUAUAAACUUGUUUUCACUAAA